GUUUUGUUUUCAUAUAUUUAUCAUCUUGAACUGUCAACCUGUUCGAACCUGGCUCCUGGCCUGGUCCUAAUUAUUACAGGGUUGUUAGAGAAGUCUUGUGUCCCUUCAUAUUAAAUGGGAACGCUAUGGUCUGCUUCCUCUCCAACGCAAGCAAGAACAAUGGCAGAGAGAGCCGAUGAUUUCAGCAUCCAAAUCUCUGAUGCUACUCAAGAUGCAGUCAUCUUACUGAGUUCCCAAAUGGGAUCUUCACUUCCUCAGUCUAGAGAGACUGAGAAUCUUGGAGACAGAGAUCCAUUGUUCUCAACUUCCAGUAAGUCUCCAACGAGUUCUCUAAUUCAAAGAAAGUCAGCAACCAGCUCUCCACAUUCAAAACCCCUUAGAGCUACGCCUCCAGCCGAUGAUUCGGAGUCAACCGACCAGAAAAAGAAGUUACCUGUAUCGCCGUUACCCAACAAGGAGGAGGAAACCCAAAAGAAAGGUAUGAAGUCAUGGGAAAAGAUCGUCAUAUCCGUCGAGACAACUGCGUUUUUGUGCGUUAUGGGGCUUUUGAUUGCCAGCUUGACGGCAGAUAGGUUUCAGAACUCCAUGAUUUGGGGUUUUAAAAUAUGGAAAUGGUGUUUGCUAUUAUUGGCUAUUGUCUGCGGUAGAUUGGCUGGUUUCCUGAUCACAAAUUUUCUCAUGUCCUUGAUUUGGAAGUUUUGGCUUGAUGAGAAAGUUAUUUACUUUGCUCACGGAGUGAAGAAGAGCGCUCUGUUCUUUAUUUGGUUAGGUCUUGUUACUCUAGCUUGGGGCUUGCUCUUUAAUCAUGGGGACAAGAGAGAGGUGACCAGAGGUCUCGCAGGUUGUCUCAUAGGAUCUACACUAUGGCUACUGAAAACUUUACUGAUUAAGUUAAUAGGUUCAGUCCAUGCAACGAAAUUGUUUUCCAAGAUUAAAGAGGCAAUACGUAAUCGGAAGGUACUAAGAGCUCUAUCAGAAAUGAAGAUAGAGAACACGAAUUCUGGGAUACAGAAAAAAGAUAAGGUUUCUGUCGUGAAGAACACCAAUUCUGGGAUACAGAAAGAAGAUAAGGUUUCUGUCGUGAAGAACACCAAUUCUGGGAUACAGAAAGAAGAUAAGGUUUCUGUCGUGAAGAACACCAAUUCUGGGAUACAGAAAGAAGAUAAGGUUUCUGUCGAGACUAUGAGAGAAAUAAUGGAUGCAAUUCGUGGAAAGAUGCUUGUUCCUCUUUUCUAUGUCCAUUCUGAUGUUGAUGAAGUCAAAAAGAUCACUGAUGAGGCAGGAGCAAGGAUAGCUUCUGAUGAGAUUUUCACCAGGCUUGCAGGGUCAAAUAAUAAAGAUGGGUUCAUGGAUUUCAAAACGCUAGUGACAUCUGUGGAUGAUGAGAAAGUGAUUCAGCAUUUUGAAGGGGUGGCAGAAGAUAAACAGCACAUCCCUGGAGCUGAACAGAACAAUACAGAACAAGACAAACGGAUCAAGAAAUCAGUUUUCAGGAACUGGGUGGUUGAAAUUUACAAGGACCAUGACUCGCUGAACAGCACCUUACAACACAGCAAAACAGCCAUUGACGAGUUGAACGUGAUUGUUUCUGUGAUCAUACUGUUUAUAAUUGCGGUUGUGUGGCUGCUUUUCAUGGAGGUUUUAUCCACCAAAUUACUCGUUUUCAUGUCUUCUCAACUACUGCUGGUGGUUUUCAUGUUCGGUAACACUGCGAAGAAUGUUUUCGAAGCUGUAAUUUUCGUGUUCGUUGUUCAUGCCUUUGAUGUUGGUGAUCGUUGUGUCAUUGAUGGCGUACAGAUGGUGGUUGAUGAGAUGAACAUAUUGACUACAACUUUUCUGAAAAAUGAUGGGGAGAAGGUAUACUAUCCAAAUUCAGUUUUAGCUUUGAAGCCAAUCAGCAAUCUCUACAGGAGCCCACCAAUGACUGAUUCUUUGGAAUUUGCUAUCAGUCUUCGCACACCAAUGCAAAUUAUCAAUGAUCUGCAAGACAAAAUAACAAAGUAUUUGGAGAUAAAUCCGAGAAAGUGGCGAGCUGAUCACAGUGUACAGUUCAAGGAGAUUGAGGAUGUGAAUAAGAUGAAGGUAGCUCUGUAUGUUAAUCAUACAGUAAACUUUCAUUAUCUUGCAAAGAGGACAAAGAGAAGAUCAGAGUUGGUGUUGGAGAUGAAGAAAAUUUUUGAAGAGCUUAAGAUUGAAUAUAAUCUUCUGCCUCAACAAGUUAAUUUAAGCUAUGCUGGGUCUGCAGCACCAGCACUUCCAUUGGCAUUUCCUGUGAAGGGAUCUUAAGAUCGGAGAAGAACUCCAAAUGCUCAUUUGCAGCACAAGUGUAUUUGCAAUGACAUGUCUCAUUUUCAGUUUUUGAAAUCACCAGCCAUCUUCUUCUAUUU